AUGAAACAAAAUCACAAUUAUAACAGCUUAAGCAUGGAAAUUGAUAUUGGGGUUUUUGACGACCUUUGUGUUUCUCAAUCGCAAUACAAAAAGAGAAAAAUUUCUCCGAGUGGCAUGUAUUCCUGUUCAUCAGGUGUGGUUUUGUUUGAGAGUGAAGCUUCCUUACCUACUUUGCGAUUGUCUGAUUAUUAUAUGGAACCUAGCUUGAGUGAAUUGGCCACUCGAGAAGUCAUGUAUCCUGGUUAUUGCAGCCGAGUUCCAGAUUUUACAGUGGGACGAAAUGGUUACGGAUGCGUCAAAUUUGUGGACAAGACUGAUGUUAGAUGUUUGGAUUUAGAUCAAAUUAUCAAGUUUGAUAGGCAUGAGUUAGUUGUAUAUGGAGAUGAAAGUGUCAAGCCCGUGGUGGGCCAGGGCCUUAACAAGGCAGCCGAAGUAACCUUGAUGCUGCAAAUAAGAUCCUCAGUAAAUUAUAGAGGAGAUCAACUGAGGGAAAUGGUGAGGAAACUGAGGCUCAUAACAGAAAAACAGGGAGCACACUUUAUUUCAUUUGACCCAUCAAAUGGUGAAUGGAAAUUCUUAGUUCACCAUUUUAGCAGAUUUGGUUUGAGCGAAGAUGAUGAAGAAGAUAUUGCAAUGGAUGAUGUGGCUCCAGAAGUUCAAAACACUGUGGAGAUGAAUGGCAGUAAUGUUUCCGAGAUUGAUGAAGAAAAUGCCAUAGUGGAUCCAAUUCUGCUUUCUCAUUCUCUUCCUGCUCAUCUUGGGCUUGAUCCUGUCAAGAUGAAUGAAAUGAGAAUGUUGAUGUUUCCUGCAGAUGAAGAGGAGGCUGAGAACUUCAAUGGCAUGCUUUCACAACAGAGACUACCUUAUAGAAAAGAAUCGUCAAGAUCCCCACUGCAACAUAUCUCCCGGAUGACAGUUCAUAGAAUUAGUCCACCAGUGACUCGAAAGACCCCAUUAGCUUUGCUCGAGUACAACCCUGGUAAUUUUGGCUCAAGCUCUCCUGGAUCCAUUUUGAUGACCCAACAAAGUAGGGGCUUGCCUUCAAAGAUGAGAAAAGUAGAAGGUUUUAAGCUGGACCUCAAGCAGGAAACACCAGUAACUGGGAGCCAUUCCUGCAACAUAGUUGAUGCAGCGUUAUUCAUGGGUAGGUCCUUCCGUGUAGGGUGGGGUCCUAAUGGUGUCCUUGUUCACACUGGUGCACCUGUUGGUAGCAAUGACUCUCAGAGGGUGUUAUCUUCCGUGAUCACUUUAGAAAAGGUUGCAAUUGACAAAGUGGUCAGAGAUGAAAAUAACAAAGUCAGAGAGGAACUUACAGAAUUUUGUUUUGAUUCCCCUUUAAAUCUUCACAAGGAAAUAAAUCAUGAAACAAAAGAAGUUGGAGUGGGUUCUUUCAAACUAAAGCUGCAAACCCUUGUUUGUGAUCGUGUAAUGCUUUCAGAGAUAUGUCGGAGCUAUAUAAGAAUUGUUGAGAGGCAACUGGAGGUUCCUGGGUUAUCCUCUUCUUCUCGUAUCAUAUUGAUGCACCAAGUAAUGGUCUGGGAACUACUAAAAGUUCUGUUCUCCGUAAGGGAAAUUAGUGGACAAUUAAAGUCAGUGGAAGCUGACAAUGAGGAAGACAUGAUGCCAGAUAUGAGGGAAAGUGCUCCGGACGUUGACCAGGAAGCACUUCCGUUAAUUCGGAGAGCAGAGUUCAGUUAUUGGUUACAAGAGUGUGUUUGUCACCGGGUACAACAUGAAGUUAGCUCAUUGAAUGAAUCAAGUGAUUUAAAACACAUAUUCUUAUACCUAACAGGACGACAGCUGGAUGCAGCUGUGGAGCUGGCUGCUUCUAGAGGAGAUGUGAGACUGGCUUGUCUAUUGAGCCAGGCUGGUGGAUCCCCAGUGAAUCGUUCUGAUGUUGCUCGGCAGCUUGAUCUUUGGAGAAUCAAUGGGAUGGACUUCAAUUUUAUUGAGGACGACAGGAUAAGAAUUUUGGAGUUGCUUGCUGGUAACAUUCGUGGUGCUUUGCAUGACAUAAAUGUCGACUGGAAAAGGUUCUUAGGAUUGUUGAUGUGGUAUCAGCUGCCACCUGACACUUCAUUGACGAUUAUUUUUCGCACUUAUCAGCAGCUUCUUGAUCAUGGAAGGGCUCCAUAUCCAGUUGCUGUUUACAUUGACGAAGGACCGGUAGAAGAGGCUGUAAAUUGGAAUGCAGAUGAACGCUUUGACCUUGCAUAUUAUCUUAUGCUUCUUCAUGCCAGUGAAGGAAACAAAUUUGGUGCUUUGAAGACCAUGUUCAGUACACUUUCCUCAACGCCUGAUGCACUUGACUACCAUAUGAUUUGGCAUCAGCGUGCAGUGUUGGAAGCAGUUGGUGCUUUCAGCUCUAAUGAUCUUCAUGUUCUUGACUUGGGGUAUAUUUCGCAGUUGCUUUGUCUAGGGCAAUGCCAUUGGGCCAUCUAUGUGGUGCUUCACAUGCCCCACCGUGACGAUUAUCCUUAUCUGCACACUAAUCUUAUCAGGGAAAUCUUGUUUCAAUACUGUGAAGUUUGGAGUGCUCAAGAACUGCAGCGUAAAUUUAUAGGAGACUUGGGCAUUCCUUCAGAAUGGCUGCAUGAGGCUCUGGCAGUAUAUUUUAAUUACCAUGGCAAUAUGUUGAAGGCUCUUGAACACUUUAUUGAAUGUGCAAAUUGGCAAAAAGCACAUUCAAUUUUCAUUAUUUCAGUUGCUCAUUCGUUGUUUUUGUCAGCCAAACACUCCGAGAUAUGGAGGCUUGCAACUUCCAUGGAAGACCACAAGUCAGAAAUUGAAGACUGGGAUUUGGGAGCUGGCAUUUAUAUUUCUUUUUAUCUAUUAAGAAGUUCCUUGCAGGAAGAUAACAAUACAAUGAGUGAGCUGGAUACCCUUGAAAACAAAAAUGAUGGUUGCAGAGACUUCAUUGGUCGUUUAAAUGAAUCCUUAGCAAUUUGGGGUGGCAGAUUACCAGUUGAUGCAAGUCUUCACUCAUUCGUCGGUGAGAGGAUAUCGGAACCAGCGGAUCAAUAUUACGUCGGCCAAGGUGUGGUUUUGUUUGAGAGUGAAGCUUCCUUACCUACUUUGCGAUUGUCUGAUUAUUAUAUGGAACCUAGCUUGAGUGAAUUGGCCACUCGAGAAGUCAUGUAUCCUGGUUAUUGCAGCCGAGUUCCAGAUUUUACAGUGGGACGAAAUGGUUACGGAUGCGUCAAAUUUGUGGACAAGACUGAUGUUAGAUGUUUGGAUUUAGAUCAAAUUAUCAAGUUUGAUAGGCAUGAGUUAGUUGUAUAUGGAGAUGAAAGUGUCAAGCCCGUGGUGGGCCAGGGCCUUAACAAGGCAGCCGAAGUAACCUUGAUGCUGCAAAUAAGAUCCUCAGUAAAUUAUAGAGGAGAUCAACUGAGGGAAAUGGUGAGGAAACUGAGGCUCAUAACAGAAAAACAGGGAGCACACUUUAUUUCAUUUGACCCAUCAAAUGGUGAAUGGAAAUUCUUAGUUCACCAUUUUAGCAGAUUUGGUUUGAGCGAAGAUGAUGAAGAAGAUAUUGCAAUGGAUGAUGUGGCUCCAGAAGUUCAAAACACUGUGGAGAUGAAUGGCAGUAAUGUUUCCGAGAUUGAUGAAGAAAAUGCCAUAGUGGAUCCAAUUCUGCUUUCUCAUUCUCUUCCUGCUCAUCUUGGGCUUGAUCCUGUCAAGAUGAAUGAAAUGAGAAUGUUGAUGUUUCCUGCAGAUGAAGAGGAGGCUGAGAACUUCAAUGGCAUGCUUUCACAACAGAGACUACCUUAUAGAAAAGAAUCGUCAAGAUCCCCACUGCAACAUAUCUCCCGGAUGACAGUUCAUAGAAUUAGUCCACCAGUGACUCGAAAGACCCCAUUAGCUUUGCUCGAGUACAACCCUGGUAAUUUUGGCUCAAGCUCUCCUGGAUCCAUUUUGAUGACCCAACAAAGUAGGGGCUUGCCUUCAAAGAUGAGAAAAGUAGAAGGUUUUAAGCUGGACCUCAAGCAGGAAACACCAGUAACUGGGAGCCAUUCCUGCAACAUAGUUGAUGCAGCGUUAUUCAUGGGUAGGUCCUUCCGUGUAGGGUGGGGUCCUAAUGGUGUCCUUGUUCACACUGGUGCACCUGUUGGUAGCAAUGACUCUCAGAGGGUGUUAUCUUCCGUGAUCACUUUAGAAAAGGUUGCAAUUGACAAAGUGGUCAGAGAUGAAAAUAACAAAGUCAGAGAGGAACUUACAGAAUUUUGUUUUGAUUCCCCUUUAAAUCUUCACAAGGAAAUAAAUCAUGAAACAAAAGAAGUUGGAGUGGGUUCUUUCAAACUAAAGCUGCAAACCCUUGUUUGUGAUCGUGUAAUGCUUUCAGAGAUAUGUCGGAGCUAUAUAAGAAUUGUUGAGAGGCAACUGGAGGUUCCUGGGUUAUCCUCUUCUUCUCGUAUCAUAUUGAUGCACCAAGUAAUGGUCUGGGAACUACUAAAAGUUCUGUUCUCCGUAAGGGAAAUUAGUGGACAAUUAAAGUCAGUGGAAGCUGACAAUGAGGAAGACAUGAUGCCAGAUAUGAGGGAAAGUGCUCCGGACGUUGACCAGGAAGCACUUCCGUUAAUUCGGAGAGCAGAGUUCAGUUAUUGGUUACAAGAGUGUGUUUGUCACCGGGUACAACAUGAAGUUAGCUCAUUGAAUGAAUCAAGUGAUUUAAAACACAUAUUCUUAUACCUAACAGGACGACAGCUGGAUGCAGCUGUGGAGCUGGCUGCUUCUAGAGGAGAUGUGAGACUGGCUUGUCUAUUGAGCCAGGCUGGUGGAUCCCCAGUGAAUCGUUCUGAUGUUGCUCGGCAGCUUGAUCUUUGGAGAAUCAAUGGGAUGGACUUCAAUUUUAUUGAGGAUGACAGGAUAAGAAUUUUGGAGUUGCUUGCUGGUAACAUUCGUGGUGCUUUGCAUGACAUAAAUGUCGACUGGAAAAGGUUCUUAGGAUUGUUGAUGUGGUAUCAGCUGCCACCUGACACUUCAUUGACGAUUAUUUUUCGCACUUAUCAGCAGCUUCUUGAUCAUGGAAGGGCUCCAUAUCCAGUUGCUGUUUACAUUGACGAAGGACCGGUAGAAGAGGCUGUAAAUUGGAAUGCAGAUGAACGCUUUGACCUUGCAUAUUAUCUUAUGCUUCUUCAUGCCAGUGAAGGAAACAAAUUUGGUGCUUUGAAGACCAUGUUCAGUACACUUUCCUCAACGCCUGAUGCACUUGACUACCAUAUGAUUUGGCAUCAGCGUGCAGUGUUGGAAGCAGUUGGUGCUUUCAGCUCUAAUGAUCUUCAUGUUCUUGACUUGGGGUAUAUUUCGCAGUUGCUUUGUCUAGGGCAAUGCCAUUGGGCCAUCUAUGUGGUGCUUCACAUGCCCCACCGUGACGAUUAUCCUUAUCUGCACACUAAUCUUAUCAGGGAAAUCUUGUUUCAAUACUGUGAAGUUUGGAGUGCUCAAGAACUGCAGCGUAAAUUUAUAGGAGACUUGGGCAUUCCUUCAGAAUGGCUGCAUGAGGCUCUGGCAGUAUAUUUUAAUUACCAUGGCAAUAUGUUGAAGGCUCUUGAACACUUUAUUGAAUGUGCAAAUUGGCAAAAAGCACAUUCAAUUUUCAUUAUUUCAGUUGCUCAUUCGUUGUUUUUGUCAGCCAAACACUCCGAGAUAUGGAGGCUUGCAACUUCCAUGGAAGACCACAAGUCAGAAAUUGAAGACUGGGAUUUGGGAGCUGGCAUUUAUAUUUCUUUUUAUCUAUUAAGAAGUUCCUUGCAGGAAGAUAACAAUACAAUGAGUGAGCUGGAUACCCUUGAAAACAAAAAUGAUGGUUGCAGAGACUUCAUUGGUCGUUUAAAUGAAUCCUUAGCAAUUUGGGGUGGCAGAUUACCAGUUGAUGCAAGAGUGGCAUAUUCAAAGAUGGCAGAGGAGAUUUGCCAUUUACUUGUAUCUGAUAACGGUGAGGGUUCAACACGUGAUAGUCAGUUAAGCUGCUUCGACACCAUAUUUGGUGCACCAAUCACAGAAGAUCUGCGCGCAUACCAUUUGCAGGAUGCAGUAUCACUUUUUACAUGUUAUCUUUCAGAGGCAGCCUCAUAGUGUUUUGCUCUUUCUUUCUGAUUUUCUGAUUAAUUUAGCAGUUUAUAUGUGUUGUUAUAAAAACCGAGAAUCCUAAAUGAGUCCCGGUUGUAAACACUCAUGGCGGAGGUUUCUUGUAUCAAUUUUUCAAGUUAGUUUUUUUUUUUUU